GCUCUGAGCCUCAGGAACACCAUCAGCUCUUCCCUGAAGGCCUGUUCACUGGGCUGAGGGUUGCGUGGUAGCUGCACUCCCUUCCCCAGCAGACUGGCUGAGAGGAGAACGGAGCUAUCAUGCCCCAAGGAGAAGCAGCAGGACGCGGCACUGCCAAGCCCCAGGACCAGGGAUGGGCGUGGAUGGUCCUGCUGGCUGCAGUGGUGCUGCAGGGGCUGACGCUGGGCUUCCCCCCCUGCAUCGGCAUCUUCUUCACGGACCUCCAGCACGAGUUCCAGGCCAGCAACAGCGAGACAUCGUGGUUCCCGUCCAUCAUGGUGGCCGUGCUGCACGGAGGGGGGCCCCUGUGCAGCAUCCUGGUGAAGCGGUUUGGCUGCAGGUUCGUGGUGAUGCUGGGAGGGCUGCUCAGCGGGCUGGGAAUGGUGUCCAGCUCCUUCUGCAAGUCCAUCAGCCAGCUGUACCUCACAGCUGGCCUCAUCACCGGUCUGGGAUCAUGUUUCAGCUUCCAGGCAGGAGUGACUGUGCUGGGCUAUUACUUUGUACGGUGGCGAACGCUGGCCAAUGCCGUGGCCUCCACCGGGGUCUCCCUGGGCUUCACGCUGUGGCCGCUGCUGUCUCAAUACUUGCUGGAUGAGAUGGGCUGGAGAAACACCUUCCUCAUCUUUGGAGGAAUUCUGCUGAACGGCUGUGUUUGUGGAGCCAUCAUGAGACCCAUUCAGCUGGCAUCAGGGUCACUUCCACAGUCUGCCAAGCCCGAAGAGGAGCCAGGGAGCAGAGCAGAAGAGGCACAGCUGUCCAACGGAGCAUCUCCUCACCACCCCACACUCCAGCAGCACACCAAAAGGACAAAAUGCUUCCAGAUGCUGCAGAAGUACCUGGCUUUUGACAUCUUCUGUCAAAACAAAGGUUACCAGAUUUACACUAUUGGAGUCACCUGGAUGAUGAUGGGGUUUGCCUUACCCCAUGUCUACCUUGUGCCUUACGCCAUCCACAACGGGGUGGAGGAGCGCAAGGCAGCCCUCCUCAUCUCCGUCAUCGGGCUCAUCAACAUCUUCAUCCGCCCUUUCACAGGGCUGCUCUCAGGACACAGAGUCUUCACGGGGAGACGCAUCUACCUGUUCAGCCUGGCCGUGCUCCUCUGCGGCCUCAGCAACUUCAUCUGUGUCAUCUCAGCCGAGUUCAGUGUGCUCAUCCUCUACUGCGUCAUCCUCAGCAUAGCCAUGAGCGGCGUCGGGGCGCUCACCUUCCAGGUGCUGAUGGAUGUGGUGGAGAUGGACAGGUUCUCCAGUGCUCUAGGGCUCUUCACCAUCCUAGAGAGCACCACCCUCCUCAUCGGGGCCCCGCUCACAGGUUUCCUGGUAGACAUAACCAGUGAUUUCCACUACGUCUUCUACACCUCCAGCUUCUUCCUGAUAUCAGCUGCAUUAUUUAUGGGGCUCAGCUUCUGUGCUCUGGAAAAAAAAAACAAAUUGAGAGAGGCUUCCAAAGCACAUUUGGACAAUCCCUCCAGAUAUCAAUACAGUGAAAUGUCGACAGAACCAAAGGCUGUAAGUCAAUCCCCUCCAGCAGUUGAGUACAUCACGAGCAUAUGAAAAUAAAGACGGGGGGAAAAGUGCAACACCAUGAAGUGGUCUGUACAAACCAACACAUGGCCCAACACUGAUGGCAGAUCAGAAAAAAACAGUCUGCUUUCCACUACUGUCAUCCUCCUUCUGCACUUGCACUCCACAGGGCCUUGUCAGACUCCAAGACAGAGAUCCAGACCACGGGCCCAGCACAGAACCCAGCACCAGCCAAGGAAUGAAGCACAAAGAGAUCUGAGCUCUCCUAAAGCAAACCAUAGGAUAACAGCCAUGGGACCCAGCACCAGGACACAAAAGCUGGGAUAGUUCAAUUGGGUUAAGUCACCACCUUUAAGAAGUCACUGGAAUUUCACAAGCACAUUCCAGUUGGAAGUGCUGGAUAA